CGGAGAGCGGAGCCGGGCAGAAGUCGGCGAGGUUCUUGACAGAGACCCAUCGCUGAGAGGGGCUCAGUCCAGUCAGUUCGUGCCAAUAUUUUAUAACCGAUAUUUUCAAACUAUGUGAAGAUCCAUUUUAAGAAGAUUUAUUCCUCUGUGAUGGAGAAGUAUGAAAAAAUUGGGAAAAUUGGUGAAGGAUCCUAUGGAGUUGUUUUCAAAUGCAGAAACAGGAACACGGGUCAGAUUGUGGCCAUCAAGAGGUUUCUGGAAUCAGAAGAUGACCCGGUCAUAAAGAAAAUCGCCCUUCGAGAAAUCCGCAUGCUCAAGCAACUCAAGCAUCCCAACCUAGUCAACCUGAUCGAAGUCUUCCGGAGGAAGCGGAAGCUUCACCUGGUGUUUGAGUACUGCAACCACACGGUUCUGCACGAGUUGGACAGAUACCAGAGAGGGGUACCAGAACAUCUCGUGAAGAGCAUAACUUGGCAGACAUUGCAAGCUGUAAAUUUUUGCCAUAAACACAAUUGCAUACACAGAGAUGUGAAGCCAGAAAAUAUCCUCAUCACGAAACAUUCAGUGGUUAAGCUUUGUGACUUUGGAUUUGCUCGGCUUUUGACUGGACCGAGUGACUACUACACAGACUACGUGGCUACCCGGUGGUACCGCUCCCCGGAGCUGCUGGUGGGGGAUGCGCAGUACGGCCCCCCAGUGGAUGUUUGGGCCGUUGGCUGUGUCUUUGCGGAGCUGCUGUCAGGGGUGCCUCUGUGGCCAGGAAAAUCAGAUGUGGAUCAGCUCUAUCUGAUCAGGAAAACCUUGGGAGAUCUCAUUCCUAGGCACCAGCAAGUAUUUAGCACCAAUCAGUACUUCAGUGGGGUGAAAAUUCCGGAUCCUGAAGAUAUGGAACCACUUGAAUUGAAAUUUCCAAACAUCUCUUAUCCUGCCCUGGGGCUCUUGAAGGGCUGCCUCCACAUGAACCCUGCAGAGAGACUGACUUGUGAACAGCUGUUGCAGCACCCAUAUUUUGACAGCAUCAAAGAAAUAGGGGAUUUGGCAAAAGAUCAUGACAAACCAACAUGGAAGACCCUAAGACAGAACCGAAAGCAUCUGCCUGGGUACCUACCUCAGCUGACUAGCGGCAGCAUCCUUCCAGCUCUGGAUAAUAAGAAGUACUACUGCAACACCAAGAAACUUAACUACCAUUUUCCAAACAUUUAAGGAGCUUGGAGAUUGAUGAUAAAAAGGA